CGGAACCCGAGAAAACAAACUGGGGAUUCAAAGAUGAAUGGGGCAGAGAGUACCCGUUGCCAACUCCCACCCACCUCUCUCUUCUUUCCUUCCUGUCAUACUCGGAAGGUUGUGUGGUAUUACAAGUGGAAGGAAGGAGUCAUCUUUUCCUCGCUUCUUCCUUCGUCAAAACGCUGAUGUGAAAGCGAGAGAUAGGGCGGAGAGGAGGAGGAAGAGGAAGGGGUCCAUUUGCCUUCUCUCUUCCCUUCGUCUCCACAACCUGUUCAUCUCUGCUGUCCUUGUUGGAAGACGAGCAGCAAGUGUUGGUGUGUGGUGGCUCUGAGAGAGAGCGACGAGAAAUGGCGAGGCUGUCGAUCGGAAUCCUCGGCCUGACGGAGCUCCUCGUCAGCGCGGCGGUGCACCUGCUCUUCGGCUUCUACAUAUUCAGCACCGCGGUGGCGUCGGAUCUUUCUCAGGCUUUGACGGACUGCUUCCGCCCCAACGUCCUCAACCUGGCCACCGGAGACCCGGACGAAGGGAGCAAGCUCCAGGCAGCGGCUCUCGAUGGGUCUCCGACGCCGCUGCCGCAGCCGCCGAUCGUUCUGGUGCACGGCAUCUUCGGCUUCGGCAAAGGGAAGCUCGGAGGGUUGUCGUACUUCGCAGGGGCAGAGAAGAAGGACGACCACGUUCUGGUGCCGGAUUUAGGAUCCCUAACCAGCAUCCACGACAGGGCAAGGGAACUGUUCUACUAUCUGAAGGGAGGGCAAGUGGACUACGGAGAAGAACACAGCAGGAACUUUGGUCACGCACAGCUCGGGAAGAUCUACGAACGAGGGCAUCACCCUUCAUGGGAUGAGCACCACCCCGUCCAUUUCGUCGGGCACUCCGCAGGCGUGCAGGUUGCCAGGGUGCUGCAGCAGAUGCUUGCCGAGAAGGUGCCUCCAUUUCCUCCCUCUUCCUCCUCCUCCUCCUCCACUUCCCUGAAUCAAACAUGUUCCUUGUUGCAGGCAUUCAGCGGCUACGACACUUCCGAGGACUGGGUGCUGAGCAUCACCUCCCUCUCCGGCGCAAUCAACGGAACCAUCCGAACAUAUUACGACGGCAUGCGACCAGGAAAUGGAAGGACGAUGAAGUCGAUAUGUCUGCUUCAGCUCUGUCGCAUUGGGGUCACACUCUUCGACUGGUUUGACAUUGCAUGGCUCAAGAACUACUACAACUUCGGGUUCGAUCAUUUCGAGAUGGGAUGGAGGAAGACCGGCGUCUCAGGUCUGGCUGAGCUGCUCUUAGGCAACACCGGGCCGUUCGCCACCGGCGACUGGAUCCUACCGGACCUCACCAUUGAAGGCUCCAUCAAGCUCAACUCGGGACUCCGCACCUUCCCCAACACCUUCUACUUCAGCUACGCAACCAAGAGGACGAGGAAGAUAUUUGGGCUCACGGUUCCCUCCACCAUUUUGGGCGUCCAUCCAUUGCUCUUCCUUCGGGUGUUGCAGAUGUGCCGGUGGCGUUUCCCUCGCAAUGCAUCAUUGCCUUACAAAGGCUACAGAGACGAAGAUUGGGAAGACAAUGAUGGAGCUCUCAACACAAUAUCCAUGACUCAUCCUCGCCUUCCUGUAGAGCACCCGAGCCUUCUUGUUGUGGAUGACUCGACAUGCCUUCCUUUGCAGCCAGGAAUCUGGUACUAUAAGAUCAUUGAAGCCGAUCACAUCUUUUUCAUCUUGCAUCGGGAGAGAGCAGGAGCACAAUUUGAUCUCAUGUAUGAUGGCAUAUUUCAGCGGUGCAGAAAGCACAUGUUUAGAAGCAGGACACCAGCAUUGCGCAGUGAAAGCAGCCAAUUACUCCCCCAAAACUUCCAGACUACUCAAGUAGGUGGUUAGAGAACAAAUAAAAAUAGUAUAUAUAAAUUAUAUACAUUCAUAUAUAAUGUAUUCUUUCUAAGAUUGAGCUCCAGUAUAAAUUAGACUAUUUUCCAGUCCCAUAUAAAGCCAGGCCUCAUUAGUGAUCCAGAAUUCUUCGAGUCUUUUUUUUUUUUUUUGUACAAAUACCUUUCUUGAAUCAAAAGAUUUCAGAAAGUAUUUUGAUAAUGUACAAGACAAUUUACUUGGAUUUUGUUUAAUGAUUUUUCUUUCAGUAGUCCACAGCCAGGUAAGCUUUUGUGUGAA